AUGGGUCGCUUGUUUCGGCUACAAACAAUAGAAUUCAGCAACAAUUCGUUUGGCGGUGGAAUACCCAACAACCUUUCUCGCUGCUUAAAACUUGAAUGGCUGAACUUGAUCGACAACAACCUAACCGGAAACAUCCCAGCUGAGUUGGGCACUUUGUCAAGGCUUGGAACUUUAGCCCUGGGUACAAACAAGCUUUCAGGUACCAUCCCUCCUUUCAUUGGAAACCUCUCAUCUCUUUACCAAAUCUCUUUAGCAGAAUGUAAUUUGCAUGGGGAGAUUCCGGAGGAAAUUGCAAGGCUUCGAGGCCUGAGAUAUGUCCGCUUAUUUGUGAAUAACCUUUCUGGCAAGGUUCCAUCUGGCCUUUACAAUAUCUCCACCAUCAUUUGGUUAUCAGUAGCUGAUAACCAACUUGAAGGAAAUAUUCCUCCUGAAAUAGGCUCCACACUCCCCAAUCUUAAGUUUCUUUAUCUUUUCACCAAUUUGUUUACUGGAACACUUCCUACUUCACUGUCAAACGCUUCAAAACUUGAAGAUAUAUACUUCCCUGAAAAUGAUUUCAGCGGGACAAUGGAUGACCUCACUUUUAUUUCAUCUCUAACAAAUUGCACCAUUUUACAAACUAUUGAUGCGGGUAGCAAUCUUUUUAGAGGUUCAUUGCCUGACUCCAUAGCUAAUCUCUCCACAUAUCUUAGUUGGAUAGGUUUGCAGAUUAAUCAAAUACAUGGAAGCAUUCCUUCAGGCAUCGGGAACCUCCUCAACCUCACUUGCUUAUCUAUGGCAGUGAACAAUCUUGCUGGCCCUAUUCCAUCCUCUAUUGGCAGACUUCAUAAUCUGCAUGCUCUAUUCUUAGACAGGAACAAAUUCACAGAACUUCCAUCUUCACUUGGUAAUUUGACUUUGUUGAUUACUCUCAACUUGGGAGAAAAUAACAUCCAUGGGAGCAUACCUCCGAGUCUGGGCACUUGUCAUAGCUUGUUGGAAUUAUACCUUUCUCAAAAUAAUCUCAACGGUCCAAUACCCCCUGAAAUUAUGAAGCUCUCAACCCUUUCAUCAUUCCUCAUGUUAGAUCACAAUGCACUAACCGGUUCUCUUCCAUCAGAAGUCGGGUCUUUGAAAAAUCUCGGAUACAUGGAUGUAUCCCAUAAUAAAUUAUCAGGACCCAUACCAAACACUCUCAGUAGUUGUUUGAGUCUGGAAUGGCUUCACUUGGAAGAUAAUUCAUUUGAGGGUGAGAUACCUCAAAGCUUGAGAACACUAAGGGGUUUAAGAGUGUUGGAUCUUUCGCUAAAUAAUUUGUCGGGGCUUAUCCCAAGUUAUCUAGGUGAGUUUCAACUAGAUAUCUUGAAUUUGUCUUUUAAUAGGCUAGGUGGACAAGUUCCAAUACAAGGAGUGUUUCAAAAUGUGAGUGCGAUUUCAGUUGUAGGAAAUAAUGAUCUUUGUGGAGGAAUUGCUGAAUUAGACCUUCCUCCUUGUCCAUCCUCCAAAUCAAGCAAGAAUAAGUUGUCUCACAAAAUGAUAGUGAUCCCAGUGGUGGUUGGUGUUGUGAUAUUUUUAUGUUUGUUAGUUAGCUUCUUUAUAUUUAUAUUUCUUCAACGACAUCGUGUUUCAAAAAAGAAUGCCUCUUGCACGCCAUCAAUCAUGCAUCGAUUUUUGAGGGUUUCUUAUGCAGAGCUUCUCAAAGCCACCAAUGGAUUCUCAGAGGCUAAUCUAAUUGGUGUUGGGAGCUAUGCUUCAGUUUACAAAGGGAUUCUUGAUAACAUUCAGAUGGUUGUCGCAGUGAAAGUUCUCAAUCUUCAUACCAGAGAGGUUCUAAGAGCUUCAUGUCAGAAUGCAAGGCACUAA